CCAUAUGAUUUAUCCUUUUUUGUAAUUUCAUUGUCGGAACUCACUGGUUUUGUCUCCAUUACACUACAUUUAACGGAGAGAAAAUCCAUGGGUUCCUACGGUGGUGUGUGAUUUUUGGUUGUUUUUUUUCCCCUUUAUUUCUAGCGUUGUAUGGCACAAUACAUAAUGAAGCAGAACAGCCCUGUUAAUGCUGCGCCUAUAACCUAAUUAUUCUGGUGUAUGUCGAUGAUGGAGGCAUUUUAUCCGUGGUGUAUGGGAUAUAGAUGUUUCCCGUUACAGGAGAGGAAUAUCCCGGCGGGGAGACAGAUUGUAUCUUGUUCACUCUUGUAAGAGUUAAUCGCCCCCAGGAGGUGGUCAAGUAUCUUCAAACAUUACUGCUUUCAAGAGUAUGUGACCUGGAUGGAGAGCACACAGCAGCACCAGCCCUGACGAGAGGAGUCAUUAAGCAUGGUACCACAUCCAUUAAUUUUCCUAAAGAUGUCCAUAACCAAAUCCUGCAGCUAUUACAUUAUUCAGAAUAUCUCGACCACAGACAGAUGAGGAAGUAAUGUAUGGAGAUUGAUCAUUGAAAACUUAUAUACAAAUAAACACACUGUAUUUUAAAUGUCAGAAAUCUCCAGAAUAGUAAUUUACACGAUUGAUUUUAAAUAGAAGUUAUAAAUUUUCUUUGUAAUUGAUUACUUUUUGAUAUACCUGUGCUACUAAUGAAAUGUUCACUUUCCAGUUUUAAUGACACUGUUGAUAUUGAUGAUAUAAGUCGAUGAUAAUGAUGUUUGAAUGUGUUAGAUGUCUUGUACAAACACCUUGACCUUCGUAACUCUUUGAGUGAUCUUCAGUGGAGGAAUAAACCCCACUCAAGAUCAUGCACACCGAGUUUUACGAUGUGUGAAAUGAAAAUUUAGUUUUUUAACUAUUAUUUUAAUGGUUAAUGUACCAUAUGGCUAAUUUCUGUAUUAAAUGUACUUUUGCAUAUGUUUUAUGAUAUCCAUUUAUAUUCAAAUUUCAUGCAUAUAUGCUCAGACAUAAAUUCUUACUUAAAAUGUUAAAGAUAUGAUAAAAGUCACUUUUAAGUCACGUUUUGAAUAAUUUAUGUUCAGAAUUAUGUUAAUAUAAUUACUAAGUCCUUCACUCUUUGCAUAGUAAUUAUGUGUGACGCUGUUCUGUAGACUUAAUGAAGCUUUCAUUUUUAUCUAG